AUGAACUACUGCAAAAGUUCCCUCAAACCCUUUUCCGCACAUGAGGUCUGGAAAUCAGGUGAGGGUGACGACUCAAGCUCUCUCGUUUUCUCACACACAAGCAUUGUUGCGGUGCAAAACGACGAAAUAUACCAAGGGACCAGUAAAUCCAAGCCAAAAGAUAUUGAUGAAGCUAGCAUCAUCAAAGAGCUCUCUCCAGUCCCCCGAGAGGAUGUCUUCCCGCCGUGUCCUUCUAAUCUCACUCGUGCGCCCGAAAUCUAUAUCAAAAUCCCAGAUAUUGCACUCUACGCCCCAGACGCCAAAGAUAUCAUCCCUCAACGCCUAUUGCACGAGGCAAAAAUCUACGAAAUCCUGCGAGAGCACCCCCACCCUAACUUAGGUCAAAGCCUAGGAUGCGUCGUUGCGGAAGAUGGCCGCCUGGAAGGGCUUGCUCUCUUCAAAUACAAAAGAACUCUUUUUGAGCGCGCGCAUGAUCCCUCAUCCUUUGACCUCGGUCAACGCGAGCAGUGUAUCGCUGCUGUGAAGUCAGCGUUGGAGCAUCUCCACAGCUUGGGACUUGCACACAAUGACCUAAGUCCCCUUAACAUCAUGUUCACAGAUAAGGACGAACCUGUGUUGUUGGACUUUGAUACUUGUCAUCCUAUUGGGACUGAGUUGAAGAAAGGUGGGCAAAUAGGCGAGUGGCAGGGAAUACCACACGCUGUGUAUAAGAAAUCGUCCACUGAGUGCGACAUGAAAGCAUUGGAGUAUCUGGAUAUGUGGUUGAAGAGCAAGUAUGAAGAAAUGAAGGAAAGUGUAACUUUUGGAUUACUAUAA